GCUUCCCUUUGUAACUUUUCACGUCAGUAUCAGAUGUUUACUGUGUCUUAGUGAUGUCAUAACUGACUCCUAAGCUAACUUCUAAAUUCUGCCGUUGCUCUUGUGAAGCUUCUAUUCUGUUGAUUUACUCUUUAAAGAUUUAUUUUAUUGCCAUGAGUUUCACCAUAUAUAACCUUGACAUUCAAGAGACUGUAAUAUAAGUAUUCAUAGCAACAAAUAAAAUGCCUAAUAAAGGAAUCAGGAACAACGUGCAAGAAAUUUGACCAAAAUAUAAUAAUGAAGCCUCCAUUUAUGCAUCUUCAUAGACACUAAUAUCAUUUUCCAUACAGUUUUUCAUAUCUUAAUUAAUGGAUAUCUGUGUUGUUGUUGAACAUUUAUCGGUUGUAUGCGUUACAUUAUAUUUAAUACAUCUUCAAAAUGCAACCAACUGUGGCCUCCUUUGCCAAUCUGUUAGGGAAUAGAUUUGUUUCUGGAGUAUUAAUUUUGUAAACAAGAUAUUUGCUGGAUAUACAGUAUAUUUGCCUCACCAGAAUAUUAACGCUGCAUCAUUACUCUCUCUUUAUCAGGGCCUUAAUUGGAUGGACUCACGAUGCAAUGGCAAACAUCAGCUGACCUGAACACCAAUUACAAUGCAAAAAAUGUCAUUUACUAGAGAAUUUUUUUUUGCCAUGAACUGAAUCGACAGUCUGUGGCUAUAAAGUGGUCCUUGUUUGAUUUAAAUGUGAUUAUUUUGGAUAAAGGUUUCAAAACUUUCAACAAUGAAGUACUGCAGAAGAAUGAAAGCAGACAGUGGAACUUGUUGAAGCAGAGUGAGGACGACACUGGGUGGACUAAGGUUUCAUGUAGCCUGUGUGUGAGCGCGGUGCAGCCUUGGAUCCCUCGUGGACCCACAAUCCGGCCGGGCGCCCUGCCUUCGCCCCUGAAUCUCUGCAGGCCAGCAACUACCUGCUGGUGCUGGUAGUUCAGCUCAGCCUGCUCUCUCUUGAUCUGUUUGUCAACUCCUUCAGUGAGAUCCUGAGAGACGAACCUGCGAGGCAAUUGGUUCUUUUUGUGUGAGUACUGUGAGCUUGGUAUCAUUUUCAAUUCACUGUUCUGUUUCCCAUGGCUGAUUGGUGUGAUUUCUUUUUUUACCCCUUGUUUGGCAGCAUGCAGGACCUUGCUAUCCUGUUUAAUGUGAUCAUCAUCCUGUUGAUGCUGUUCAACACCUACGUGUUCCAAGUCGGCCUUGUUGCCAUAUUGCUGGAGAGAUUUAGAGCUCUGCUAAUGCUCUCUGCUCUCUAUUUGACCUCCAGUAUUAUACUCCAUGCCUGGUUUAUGAAUCUGCGAUGGCUCAAUCCCAACAGAUAUAUAUGGACAGACAGCCUCCAAGCAUUGUUUCUUUUCCAAAGAACAGCUUCCGUGUGGUACUACUACCUCUACAAGAGGACGGCAGAGUACCUCGGUGACCCACGACUCUACGAAGACUCUCCGUGGCUGCGUGAGGUUUUUGCCCGGUCCAGACAGUGAUCUCACACUUGGCAGAUAAAAAAAUCGACAAACAACAAGUAAAAUAAAUGGGCACAAUUAGGGUAGUGAAUUGAAUUUAUAAAAAAAAGUCAUUUUUGAUGUCAGGCAGUUAAAUGAAAAAUCUCCUUUUACUUGAAUCUCCUUUCCACUGGAAGAGAAUUGUGCCAAAAUGUCGAGACUCUGCUUGGUGUUUGUUUAAUAUACAUUAUGUAUAUUUUAUUCAAUAUAUUACCAGCUAUUUAUUAUAACUUGUUGACUUUUGGUGCUUUGACUUUGUCUUCAGAGCAGUAUUAAACCCAC